CCCACCCGGUGCACUACCCUCCUCUCUCAGCUGGAGAAAGUGCCCAUCCGCUUAUUCUUCUGUAUUACACACGACUUUCCGUGUCCUCGGUCUCUCCAGAUGUCCGUGGUUAACACCCCAGCUAGCUCUCAGUGGAUCUGACCAGCUGUGACAGUGUGAGUGUGCGGCUCAGGUGAAGAUGGCGAGGGGACCGUCGCGCGCACCGGUGCUCGUGCUUCUAUCGCAUCUGUUCAUCGACGCUCUUCUGGCGCAGGAGCUGCCCAUCACCGGCGUGAACGGAUACAGUCUGCACCCACCGUAUUUUAAUCUAGCGGAGGGGACGAAAAUCACGGCCACGGCAACCUGCGGAGUGGACGAGCACGAGCAGCCGAUUCAAGACCUGUACUGCCAACUGGUCGGGGGCCCCGUGUUAGGGGACCCGAGUCAGACGAUUCAGGGCCAGCACUGUGACAUCUGCUCCUCUGAAGACACUAACAGAGCGCAUCCCAUCAACAACGCCAUCGAUGGCACCGAACGAUGGUGGCAAAGCCCUCCGCUCUCCCGCAGUGAAACCUACAACCAGGUCAACGUCACUCUGGACCUAGGACAGCUUUUCCAUGUUGCAUAUGUGCUCAUCAAAUUUGCCAACUCGCCCCGGCCGGACCUGUGGGUGCUGGAGCACUCCAUUGACUUUGGGAAAACAUACAAGCCGUGGCAGUUCUUCGCCUCCUCUAAGACAGACUGUAUCGAGCGGUUUGGCCAGAGAACUAUCGAGAGGAUCAACCAUGAUGACGAUAUCAUCUGUACGACAGAGUACUCACGCAUUGUCCCUUUGGAGAAUGGAGAGAUUGUGGUGUCUCUGGUGAACGGACGUCCGGGUGCCAAGAACUUCUCUUACUCUCCUGUUCUGAGGGAGUUCACCAAGGCCACCAACAUCCGCCUGCGCUUCCUGCGCACCAACACACUGCUGGGACACCUGAUGGGCAAAGCCCUGAGAGACCCCACCGUCACACGGAGAUAUUACUACAGUAUUAAAGACAUCAGUAUUGGAGGGAGAUGUGUGUGUAAUGGCCACGCUGAGGCCUGUAACGCCCAAGACCCCAAUGACCCAUACAGGCUUCAGUGUGACUGCCAGCACAACACUUGUGGGCCGUCAUGUGAACGCUGUUGCCCCGGCUACAACCAGUACCCCUGGAAACCAGCCACGACUUCCAGCGCCAACGAAUGUGAACCGUGUAACUGCCACAGACACUCAUCAGAGUGCUAUUAUGAUCCAGAGAUCGACCAGCGGAGAGCCAGUCUCAACAUGCAGGGCCAGUACAGGGGCGGAGGAGUGUGCAUCGAAUGCCAGCAUCACACCACAGGCAUCAACUGUGAGCGCUGUAUUCCUGGGUACUACAGAUCAGCUGAUCAUCCUCUGGAGUCCCCAUUGGCCUGUUCAAAGUGUCGGUGUGAGUCUGAGUUCACUGAUGGCAGAUGUGAGGAUCUGACCGGACGCUGUUACUGUAAACCCAAUUACACCGGCGAGAACUGUGACACAUGUGCGGAGGGAUACGAAGGCUUCCCUGAAUGCUACCAGGUCUACAUCAGAGGAGAGGCCAGACCUGCAGCGGAAAUCAUCAAUUGCGAGUGCAGUGCUGCAGGUACAGAAGGGAACUCCUGCAGGCCGGACCCUCGCACCAAUACAUGUGUGUGUAAACCUGAAUUCACUGGAGAACACUGUGACACCUGCGCUCCUGGUCACUUCGGCCUCAGCUGCCAGCGCUGUCAGUGUUUUGGCCAGGGCUGUCUGGAUGGGUCCUGUGAUGCAAUAACGGGUCAGUGUGUGUGUCGGAGUCGGUUUCAGGGGUAUUCAUGUGAGCAGUGUGCACCCGGCUACUUCAACUACCCACUGUGCCAAUAUUGUGGUUGCAGUGUUGUGGGCUCUAUGCCUGAGAUAUGCGAUGCGGCUGGUCGGUGUUUGUGCAGGCCAGAGUUCACUGGUCCUCGCUGUGAUCAGUGUCGCUCAGCGAUACACUCAUAUCCAAACUGCCAGGUGUGCACUUGUGACCCUCGCACGUCUUUGGACUCCAACUGUAACUUGUCGGGUCAGUGUAACUGCAGACCCAACUACAGUGGCCCCAAAUGUGACCAGUGUGCACCCGGAUAUUACUCCUAUCCCAGCUGCACACCGUGUCAGUGUUCAGUGGAGGGCUCUCGCUUCAGCUCCUGUGAUCCAGUGUCUGGUCAGUGUGUUUGUCUGCCAAACAUUGUGGGUCAGAGGUGUGACAGCUGCAGUCCUGGGUCAUAUGGCUUUCCCCUCUGCCAAGUCGGGACCUGUAACCCAGCAGGCUCUGUUCAUAAUAACAUCCUACCCACUGUGGGCUCCUGCGAGUGUCGACCGCAUGUCGAGGGGGCGGCGUGUGAUCGCUGUAAGCCUCUCUACUGGAAUCUUUCUCCUGAUACAGUCCAUGGAUGCUCAAGCUGCGAUUGUAAUACAUUAGGAACUAUGAGUGAGGUUGCAGAGUGCACACAGAGCACCGGCCAGUGUUUCUGUAAACCCAAUUUGUGCAGUGGCACAUGUGAUGUGUGCAAGGAUGGAUACUUCAGCCUUCAGAAGAACAACUACUUUGGGUGUCAAGGCUGCCAGUGUGACAUUGGAGGAUCUGUUGGGCAGGCGUGUGAUGAGUUGGGCGGGCGAUGUCGAUGCAGACCCAACGUGGAGGGACCCAAAUGCAGCCAACCCCGGCCGGAUCAUUAUUUCCCAGACCUGCACCAUAUGAAGUUUGAGGUGGAGGAAGGCACCACCAUGGAUGGACGUCCAGUGAGGUUUGGUUACAGUCCUCUGGAGUUUGAGAGCUUCAGCUGGAGGGGAUAUGCCCAGAUGUCUCCCAUACAGAAUACAGUUAAAAUGACGGUGCACGUGCGUGAAGCAGACAUGUAUCUCACACGCUUCAUCCUCAGAUAUGUAAACACGAGGUUGGCCGUGUCGAAUGGUAAAAUCACAGCCUAUCAGAACAGCAGAAGAGGCUCUGAGCAGUCCAAACAGAUCGUCUUUGCACCCGCUUCAGAACCCACAUUUGUGAGCGUGCCUCAGAACAGCUUUGUGGAGCCAUUUGUCUUGAACCCAGGAACCUGGACUGUGAUUAUUGAGGCGGAGGGCAUUCUGCUGGACUACCUGGUGCUGUUGCCCAGUGCAUAUUACGAGGCUCCUAUCCUGCAACUUCAAGUGACUGAACCCUGUUCAUACAGCUACCCACAGGAUGCCAGUCAAAACUGUCUGCAGUACAUGUAUCUGUCUCUGGAUGAGUUCCCAUCCGUCUCCAGCGAUGAUGCCCAGUGCAGGUCUGAUAAUCACCUGCCCAGACCCUGCCGCACUGAAAAGAUCACUCCUCGCCAUCCCAGCAUGGCCAUCUGCAGAGGCAAUGAUAUGAGAGUUCAGCUGCGUGGUCGUGUCCCUGUUCCUGGAGAGUAUGUGUUGGUGGUCCAGUACGCCAGUGAAGAUCAGUUUCCUCAAACCUUCAUUGUGUCUGUUGAUUCCCCGGGUGAAAGCACUCAUCUAGAGGAGAUAACCCUGCUCCACUGCAAAUACAGUUUCCUGUGCCGUGCCGUGUCUGUAGAUGACCAGAAGCGUGUGGCGGUCUUUAAUCUCUCCACAGAUGCUGAUAUCCAGCUUAGCACAGACAGAAGCAGUUUUUUCCUCCACAAAGUGUUCCUCGUCCCUCGUGCUCAGUUCACCAUGGAGUACCUGAAGCCCAGCGUUCACUGCAUCAGCACACAUGGGCACUUCUCUCCAGACAGCGGCUCCUGCAUCCCGUCUCGUUUCCAGAAUCCUCCUCAGUCUCUGGUCCUAAAAGAGGGACAGGCUUCUUCUGUGCUGGGUUCGAUUAUGGCAUCAGCAGACAGACCCUUGACCUCCAGACCACCAACAGCUGCUGAUAACAGUGAACACAUGCUUCUGGACCCUCAUCAGAACGCUGUGAUGUUUUCAACACAUGUACAUGUGCUGGGUCGUUAUGUGUUCAUCCUGCAUUACCAUCAGCCCCUGCACCCAACGUACAACGUCCAGGUCCACAUCAACGGAGGACGCAUAUGGCAGGGUCAUGUCAACGCAUCCUUCUGUCCUCAUGGUUAUGGUUGUCGUAGUGUUGUGAUGUCAGAGAGCCAGAUCAUCCUGGAUGUGACGGACUAUGAGGUCAUCCUGACCCUGCGUGUUCCAGACAGAAGGACACUGUGGCUGGACUAUGUGCUGGUGGUGCCAGAGAGCACUUACAGCUCCAGCUUUCUGAACGAGGAGCCACUGGACAAAUCCUACGACUUCAUCAGCAGCUGUGGACAAAACAGCUUUCACAUCAACCCGUCCACAGCGUCUCCGUUCUGUCGUAACUCCGCCGUGUCUCUGUCUGCGUUCUUCAAUAACGGCGCUGUGCCCUGCGGCUGUCAUGAGGUGGGCGCUGAGAGCGAUACCUGCGAGGCUUUCGGAGGACAGUGCAAGUGUAGACCCAAUGUGAUUGGCCGAGACUGUUCCCAGUGUGCCACGGGACACUAUGGCUUCCCCAACUGUAGACCAUGUAACUGUGGCACUCGUCUGUGUGAGCCAAUGACGGGCGAGUGCAUCUGUCCAGCACGGACCCUGCAGCCAGACUGUGUGACCUGUGAACCCCAGACGUUCGGCUGCCAUCCUCUGCUGGGCUGUGAGAUGUGUAACUGCUCCGCACCUGGAGUGGCUUCACUGGAAAUCGGCUGUGACACACACAACGGCCAGUGCAGGUGCAGGAACAACAUUGUUGGCCGUCAGUGUGACAGGUGUGCCCCAGGUUUCUAUGGAUACCCCAACUGCAGACCAUGUGACUGCAGCGAGGCAGGAACUGAGAAAGAUGUCUGUGACUCCAUCACCGGACGCUGUUUAUGCAAGGAAAAUGUGGACGGCUCUCGCUGUGACCAGUGCAAACUGGGAACGUUUCAUUUGGACCCCACUAAUACUAAAGGCUGCACCAAGUGCUUCUGCUUUGGAGCCACUGACCGCUGCCACAGCUCGGACAAACGGAGGAGUGAGAUCAUGGACAUGGCUGGCUGGGUCCUAUUGAGAAGUGACAGACAGGAAGUUCCUGUUUCCACGUAUCUCGAUCAAGAUCUGGUGGAGGCUGAUCUGAGUGAUGUACCUGAUGUCUCGCUGGACCUCCACUGGCACGCUCCUCACCCUUACCUCGGAGAUAAAGUGUCAUCCUACGGAGGCUAUCUGCGCUACCGCUUGCAUACCCAGACGAUGAGAGGUGAUGCUUUUCUGAUCACUGAGACCACACGGCCUGACGUCAUACUCAAGGGGAAUCAGAUGACUCUUGUGUAUAUUGAAAGAGAGUAUUCCUCUCCUGAAGACCCUCAUGAGGGGAUCGUCCACCUGGUGGAGGACAGUUUCAGGCAUGCACAGACGGGGAGCUCAGUGUCCCGUGAGGAGCUGAUGAUGGUGUUGGUGGCGCUGGAGUCACUUCAGAUCCGAGCGCUGCACUCUCAGUCUGCUCAGUCUGUGUCGCUGCAUGCUGUGGUGCUGGAGGGGGCCGACAACCUGCCCUCCGGGCGCCAUGCAAACAACGUCGAAAUAUGUCUCUGCCCAGGACACUAUCUAGGAGACUCCUGUCAGAAAUGUGCUCCAGGCUACUACAGAGACACUAAAGGGCUGUUUCUGGGGAAGUGUGUCCCCUGUAACUGUAACGGUCACUCGGAUGAGUGUCUGGAUGGCUCUGGCAUAUGUGUGAACUGCCGCCACAAUACCGCUGGAAAUCAUUGUGAGCAGUGCCAGUGUGGCGUUCAUGGGAACUUCGUUGUCGAUGGCCACGCGGUGUCCUGCUCCAGCUGCCCCUGCCCGCUGCUAGUAGCUUCAAACAAUUUUGCCAUUCGCUGUGUGGAGAAGCCCAGUCACAUGCAGUGUCUAUGUAGGCCUGGCUAUGCUGGAUCUAGGUGUGAAAGGUGUGCACCGGGUUACUACGGAAACCCAAUGGUGAUUGGCAGCACAUGCCAGCCGUGCAACUGCAACGGAAACUCAGACCCCAUGCUGUUCAUCGACUGCCACCCUUUGACGGGCGAGUGUCAGAGCUGCAUGCACAACUCCGCCGGGCCGCACUGUGAGAUCUGCGCCCCGGGUUUCUACGGGGAUGCCAUCACUGCCAAGAACUGCACUCGAUGCAACUGUUCUCCUUGUGGCACUGCACAUUGUGACCCUCGCUCGGGACAGUGCCACUGUAAGCCUGGUGUGGUGGGAGCCCUCUGUGACCGCUGUGAGGAUUGGGCAUUUGGCUUUGAAUCCUGCUCUGGUUGCCGUAAGUGUGAUUGUGAUGCAGCAGCGGCGUUGGUUCAGCCUUGUGACCCUGUUAACGGGACGUGUGCCUGUCAGCCCGGGGUUAAUGGACCCAACUGCCGCCAGUGUGCUCCAGGUUACUGGGGCUACAGCCCUGAUGGCUGCAAGAAGUGUGAGUGUAGAGGAGGCUGCUGUGACCCUCGCACAGGAGAGUGUCAUUGUGGCAGUUUGACGGGGAAGCAGUGUGACACGUGUCUUAAUAAAUACAGCAUCCCUGUGCAUCAUAGGCGAUGUGUGCACUGUCAGCCCUGUGACAGCUGUGUGAUAGUGCUGCUGGAGGAUCUGGACAAAUUAAACGAACAUUAUCAGUAUAUUGCUGAUCAGCUGAGAAGCCUCAAUGUCAGCUCAAGCGCCUGGGCUCAACUAAACCGUCUCAACAUGUCUAUUCAGGACACUGCAAAUGCCAUAAAAAACUACAACAGCACUCUGGACAAGAGCAGGAACCAGGUCAAUAUGCUGGAGGACGAACUGCAAACCAGCGACAUGGAUAUUAAAGAGUUAGAGGAGAAGGCCUCAGUCACACAAAAGGAAGGCAAUGCUUUAGAGGACAACACUAACGCCACACACACUAGAGCACAAGACCUGCUUGGAUCCAUCAAAGGCAUCAUGGGAGAUGUGCAAGACAUUAUACUGCUGGUGAACCGGACAGCGCAGAACAAGACCAACGUGAUCGAUGAAAAGGAGCUAGCUCGAAAAAUAGCAGAGGUGGAGUCCAUGCUCCGAGACAUGCGCUUCAGGGGCUUCGACCUCCAGAGGAAUCUAUCAGAAAAUGAGCUGGACCAGGCCAACAAGUUGGUAGAUCAUAAUGAAGCAGUGGCAGAGAACAUUAGAAACAAACUGAACCAGUUCAAUCAGCAGCUGAUGGACCUGAGAGAUGCCAUGAACGAGGCCGUCAAAAACACAGCAAACGCCACAGAGGCCAACAAUAUCAACCAGAAACUCCUGGAGGAGCUGCAG